UACUCUUCCACCAUCACCCUUCCGAGUAUUGAUCGAUCCCACCCAAUAGUACUGACUUGCCUCAUUUUUCUUGGCAAGUGGAGGCAGUGCACUCACUUCCGUGUGUCCAGAAUUCUGUUGUGUGUGACCUUCGCAUCUUCUCACACAGAUAGAGCGACUCUACUCACCUCGUCUCUUGAGCAGUGUACAAGCAGCGAAUCUCUUUCCCUUCAGGAUGAUGUCUUGCUCUCACGAUCACCACGGCCACGGCCACGGCCAUGACCACUCGCAUCACGAUGACGACUCCCACAUCCACCCAGACGAAGGUCCCUCUGAUCUCCUCUACUCUUCCAUCUCCCUCUCCCAAGUCACCUCGCUCAACACCACCUCUACCACUACAGCGCGCAACGUCUUCAAGCCCUGGAACGAGCGUAACAAGGGUGAUGCGCCGGGAGAGGAAGAUGAUCCGAGCUUGUACCUGGAGAGCGACGCGGAUGAUCAACUGGUAUUGCGCGUUCCCUUUGAGGGGAGCUGUAAGCUCAAGUCGCUUCUGUUGAAGUGCGGGCCAGGGCAGGACCUCACACCGGAGACAGUGGUGCUGUUUGCCAAUUGUGAUCCGCCGUUGGACUUUUCGGAGGAUUUGGAGGCAAGGUGCGCCUUGCCUGCUACGAGUAGAGAGGGACCUAAACAGAAGCUCGAAAGCGUGGCGGUUGCUAAGGACGUGGUGGAGUAUCCACUCAGGGUGGCUAGGUUCACUGGGGUGAGGGACGUGACACUUUUUGUGCCGAGCUCUUUGGGGGGCGAGAAGACGAGGAUCUACUACGUCGGUUUCCGAGGUGAUUCAACAACCUUUCGGAGAGAGGGACCCACCAAUCUAGUGUACGAGGCCACACCUCAGCUCAAGGACCACAAGAAGAUUCCCGGCACAGAGGCCGGCUUUGAUAGACUAGGCUCUUGAGCUCUUGAUGAAUAGCAGACGAGGUGUGCAGUACGCCCCAAGCCCCGCUCGUACGACGCUAUGCAAUCUGCCACACAAGACUAGAGAUGUCCUCCUCCCUCAUUCGCUCAUCGCCCCCUCUCUGGCCCACUCCGCAUAUCAGCGAGGAGUCAGAGCAGACUAGCUCGACCUAAAUCUUCGGCGAAGUGAAGCAUGACAAGCCUCAGCCUCAAUUUCCCGCCCACGGGUACAAGACGAAGCACUAUGCCAUUUGCAAUGAAGCGAAGAAUGAGGGGUCCAUCAGAACACUAGGAAGAUAGAUACAAGGUGA